GCUUUCGUCUGCGUGCUCGGAUCAGAACUUAGAACGUUACGCUGGGUCCUUGGCCUCUUAAACAAAUAAAUGGCCGACAAGUCCUUCGCUCGCUCCAUUACGGAACGGAGCUCAUUGUUGUCGUCCUUUUUCUCCAGUGUCUCUACGACCCGGUACACUCCAGCCGCCUUGUGGUCAAUUCUGAUCGGCAAUAUCAAGCAGCCAAAAAUGGUCGGUGCUGUGCUCUGUGGUGUUCCCCUGGUAUAUGUCGGUCUACGGUCUUUGAGAGAGAGGAGGAGCGAGGAGGCGGAGGAGGUGAGAAGCUUAAAGGGAGCUCCAGAUGAUGGGCACAGUGUGCAUAGCAUCAAUGAGAGCCUCUCGAAUGCGAAUUCAUCAGUUUCAGGUGUGUAACACUGAUUUCUGAGCUUGGUUGCUCUCUCUUUUUUUUUUUUUUUUUUCCUCACUCUCUUUUCUUUUCUUCUUCCAUUUCGGCAGUGCGACGUGGGCGGGUGUAUCAUCACAUCAAGUAUAUGCCGCGCCUUAUCAGUUCACCCCGUCACUACUGAAUGCUUUGCUUGCUUUUUCCUCACGAAAUUUUUUUCCCCAUCCUCCUUCCCCCUGCCUUCCUUACUUUUCGCUUCAUUUUUUUUUUUUUAACCCUCAUCUACCCCGUCAUACGUAGCGGGAGUCCCUGGGGUUUCAUGUGCUUUAUAUUGUCACUCAUUUACGCCCCUUCAGCCAUGACCUGAGACUAAUGAUUGUCGAAAACCUUAUUGGUACAGAUUCUUCUCUUCUGCGCAAGCAUUCGGAAAACAUAUCUGUCACCACAAAGCACCACACAUAUCCUGCAGUUCGUGUUUUCUAUCGGCCACAUCCUAAGGCUUCUGUCCUUCCCCCCAAGCUCCCUCUGCUGGUCUUUCUGCAUGGUAUGUGGUCAUUGUGCUUGCCGUCCUUCUAGCGCAGGGAUUGAUUCUAGUUGUCCAGGGCUUGGGGGUCAGAUGUCCCAGUUUCAAUAUUUGCUCGAGUUCUUCGUACGUCUUGGCUUUCCAACCAAAAAAAUAAAUAAAUAAGACUAAAACCACUGAAUAUUGGUGCGUUGGUUGGUACGCUAGUGCUGAUAGAAACUCCUCUGAUUUUAGGUUCACAUAUCUCAUACCCUCGCGAUUGACCUGCCGGGCUGUGGACCCUCUUCGGAAUUCUCGCCUAAGGAUUGGGAUGCAUAUACUACUUCCCGAUUAGUAGAAAUUAUUGCGGAAGUAGUUAACCAGAAACUUGAGGAUGGCCAGCAGGUAGUCCUUAUAGGGCAUUCGAUGGGAUGUUCUCACGCGGUAACCCUUAUAGCUGAAGGGGGCCUGUUAGCGGAUAGGUGUGCAGGACUUGUAGCAAUCUGUCCCAAGGCUACCGUCUCCGAGAAGGAACGGAAAGCCUUAAGGACAGCAUUGGCACUUCCGGAAUUCGUGUUCAAUCUGUUCCGGAUCUACGAUCGUCGGGGUGGAAUAAUGUCGAACUCAGUGACCCGGUUUGUUGCGCCAAAUUCUACAGAAAAGGUCAGAAAACUGCAGCUGCGUUUCAACAAAGAAGCACGGACACCCGUGUGGAGACGAAUGGCUAGCGGUAUUCGCCUACCAACAGAGGAGGAAUGGACCUCAGUCAAAUGCCCAACUUACCUUCUAGCGGCUUCGGAAGAUAUCCUUUGCACUACAAAGGAGGUGGACUUGAUUCAUUCGUGGUUUGAUCCCGCAAAACGAAGCGGGUUUGUGCCUACCGCUAGCACGGGUGGCUCUGUAGAUGGGACGCCAUCGUCAUCUCUUUCACCAUCCCCUGCGAGAACUAGGUCCGUUGUGAAGAAAUGCAUCAUCCCUGAUGCCGGGCAUGGUGUGAUGUACGAGACCCCGCAGGUUGUCAGUGGACUUAUUGGAGAGUUCCUAUCCGGAUAUGUUACAGAAGUCUUGUCCCUAGGCUGGCAGCUGUUAUAUCUCAAAGAAGACAAAUGGCUCUUGAAGAAUCUUGAGAAGUGGACACGGAUCCAGAGCGUUAGUCCAAGAAUAGGUGGUUACAUUGAUGGCUCGGGAGGACCGUAUGUGAGAUCUCCUUUCAGGGCCAUGAAGACAUUAAGACAGAACGACCCGAACGGACACAACCCUGUCGAGUUUAGCGAGAAAUGGCCAGACGUGAAGGACGCAAUUGACAUCUCCCAUGAGCAACCGCCAUAUGAUCCAGAGGCACUCGGGGAAGGUGUUAAGUAUCACAAGUGUGAGUUCCCUUUCGUGCGGAGAAGCCUGGCCGAGUUGCCCUAAGUGCUAAAGCGUAUCCACAGUCCCAACAGUUUCCAAAAUCCCCCCAACUCAGGAUGAGGUGGCUAGCUUCAUUGAGCUCGUGGACUCGAUUAGAGAAGAGCGUGGCUACGAUGAUAAUAUCACCAUCGCCUGUCAUUGCCAUUACGGAUUCAACAGGACGGGAUUUUUUGUUUGCUGCUACCUGAUUCAACGGUUGGGAUUUAGCGUGGAGCAGGCUAUAAAAGCCUUCAAGGAUGCAAGGCCACCGGGAAUACGCCAUCCCCACUUUAUCAAUGAGCUCUUUGAGAGGCACUGUUUGGGUUUGGUCAGGGCGCCUACCUUUUAAACCGCCACAUUUUAGACGCGACAUCGGCAACCCAAUCCCGCGACAGAGAGCAUAAUAUUUUCAUCCGAGUUCUUUCUGUUCCUCUCCUUUCUUUUUUUUUUCCUCGCGAGUUCGGUUACCUGAUAUCCCUGCGGCUGUCUGCGUGAUUUUUUCCGCAUUGUUACCGGACUGCUUUUCUUACUACUAGUCACCUUCUAACAUAAUAUUACUACUAUACUAUAUUUCGCUUCAGUCUUAUUCCUAGCAUUCAGGGCACAGUGUCUUAGUCUGCUUGUCUAAUAUUUCAGGUAAUGGGGCUUUCUUUUUCUCCUUGGGCGCAAAGGCAGGUUUUAUUACGAUCAUUGGGAUGUUUACUACCGGGGCUGUAUUGUUGUUAUCAUACUUUGUCCUGAUUCCCUUGUAGCUAAGGGCGAAACCCUUUUUUUUUUUUUUUAUACAGUAUUUAUGUAUUUGUAACGCUCCUUUACGUCCCUCUUCUCCAUGGGUCACUCGGAAUGUAUUUUCUUUUAUCUUUUUCAUUUUUUCGUCGUAAGGGUAUCUAUACCGGACAAAUGCAGAAGUACUCGAGUUUGUGCCCAGACGAAUCACGGACCCUGGACCCCGAAAUACAGCUAAAUUUGGGUGGGGCAUGACCGGAUAGUUUACGGCACUUGUGAGGUCACAGCAAUCCGGAUCCAGAACCAGACUAUUGGCACCCUAUUUUAAUUCCAAUUUAGGUAUUCCAAAUUGUCCCAGGUGAAGAUCUGUGUUUUUUUGUUUUUUUCUCAUGUCCAUUCUCGAAGCAUUGGGAUUUAGACGGGGGGGAGGGGUAGAUUAAUAUCACAGGUUACUGUAUGAUGUAUAUAUAUGAUAUUCCCAUCUAGUCCAGGCGGCGCCUGAGUUUAUCCGCAAUUGCAGGAUAGGCCCAAUAGGGACAUGUUAUGCUCUCUCCCUCUCCCUCUCCGCCCCCCUCUCCUUACUCAAAUUAUUGUACCGACCCCAUAGCGAAAAACGUAAUGAGCUUUUCAGGGUAUCCUACCCUUCUCACCGCGCAAUACCGGUAUCCCAUAGUUGAUCCAACUUUCGCGCUUUUUCUCCUGUACGGAGCUUAAACACCGCCACUGUUACUGUUGCUUUUAGCAUUGCCCCGCUCAUGGAGGGUUCUCCUGUGGGGUUUCUUCUUUUUCUUUUCAUUUUUUCCA